GUUUACGUCGGCCCGAUAGAAUUUUCCGUAACUUACAUAACCGUGAAUAAAUUUCUCCCCCCCGAAAAUAUAAUCCUCACCGUCUCCGGCGAGUCUCAAAUGCGGCGAAGCCUCCUCUUCUUCUUCUUCCCUCUCCCCCGUCAUUUCUCUUCUUCUUCUUCUUCUUCUUCUUCGCCUCCGGAAAUCCCAACCCUCUACUCCUUCCUCCAACCCUCCAUCUUCGCCCUCCGCCCCAAACCCUCCCCUCCCCCACCCCAAAACCCUAACCCUCCGCUUCCCCCCAAAACCCUGACCCUAGAAUCCCUCGAACCCUCCCUCCUCUCCGCCCUCCGCUCCCGCUGCCCCGACGAUGCCUGGCGCUCCUUCCGCUCCCUCGCCGCCGCCUCCCUCCUCCCCUCCCCCUCCGCCGCCUCCUCCCUCCUCUCCCUCCUCUCCUGCGACCCCUCCCCCUCCCGCCGCCGCCUCUCCCUCAAGCGCGCCUUCGCCGCCGCCGUCUUCCUCCUCGACCGCUGUCCCCACGCCGUCUCCCUCCCCGCCGCCGAAUCCCUCUUCCGCGCCUUCGCCGACGCUGCCGCCCCCGCCCCAGCCCUCGCCCUCGUCAAAUCCAUGCUCAAAAACCGCUUCUUUCCGCCGUUUUACAUGUGGGGCCACUCGCUGAUUUGCAUCGCGAAGGGCGGCGGCGGCGGCGGCGGCGGCGGCGGCGGCGGCAGCGACAGCAGUGCGGGUUUCGCGGCGUUCCUUCGGGUUUUUGAAGAGAACUGCCGGAUUGCGAUGGACGAUAAGAACGAGUCCAUGAAGCCUGAUUUGGCCUCAUGCAAUGCGGUUCUGGAUGGGUGCUGCCGCGAUAUGUGCUCGGUUUCUGACGCAGAGAGGGUGCUCGAGAUGAUGUCUAAAUUGGGCCUGUCACCGGAUUCUGAUAGUUUUGGGUCGCUCGCUUACUUGUAUGCGUCGAAAGGAAUCGGUAAAAGGAUUGAAGAGCUCGACAGAUUGUUGGAUGCACUGGGCUUUUCAAAGAAGGAAUUUUUCAAGAAUUUGAUCAGCGGGUGUGUUAAAGCCGGAAACUUUGAAUCUGUUUCAUCAACAAUAUUACGUGCAUCGAAGGAGCGAAGGGGCGAUGAGGGUAGUAGUUUGUUGGACGACGAAAGCUAUAUUGAAGUCGCAAAGUGUUACCUAGAUAACGGGAGGAUCAAAGAGUUGGCCUCUUUAAUAAUUACGACUCAGGAGUUGGAAUCUUCUAUUCAAUCUGUUAGAGUAGACUGCUCAUUUGGAUUCGGAAUCGUGAAUGCCUGUGUUGGACUGGGUAUGUUGGAUAGAGCGCACAACAUACUCGACGAAAUGACUGCUCAAGGAGCGUGUGUUGGGCUCGGCGUGUAUUCAUCAAUCUUGAGAGCCUAUUGCAAAGAGCAACGGACGGCAGAAGCCGCGCAACUAGUUACGGAGAUUAGUGCCGCGGGGCUCCAGUUGGAUGUCGGCUCUUACGACGCUCUCAUUGAUGUUUCGAUGUCAGCGCAGGACUUCCAGUCGGCAUUCUCCCUCUUUAGGGAUAUGAGAGAGGCGAGGCUGCCCGAUAUCAAAACCAGCUAUCUCACUAUAAUGACAGGGUUAAUGGAAAAUCAGCGGCCUGAGCUCAUGGCUUCAUUCUUGGAUUCGAUAGUUGAUGACCCAAGAGUGGAAAUUGCUACCCACGAUUGGAAUUCCAUUAUACAUGCCUUCUGCAAGGUUGGCCGAUUAGAAGAUGCACGGAGAACUUAUAGGAGAAUGGUUUUUCUGAGAUUUGAACCGAAUAGUCAAACGUAUUUAUCACUUAUCAAUGGCUACGUUUCUAUACAGAAGUACUUUAGUGUGUUGAUACUUUGGACAGAAGUGAGGAAAAAGGGUAUUGAUUUCGAUCACGAUCUGAUUGAUGCAUUUUUGUUUGCACUGGUUAAGGGCGGGUUCUUUGAUGCGGCAAUGCAAGUGGUGGAAAAGGCUCAGGAGCUGAAGAUAUUUGUGGACAAGUGGCGGCAUAAGCAAGCUUUCAUGGAGACACAUAAGAAGUUGAAGGUGGCAAAGCUAAGAAAGAGAAACUUCAGGAAAAUGGAAGCACUUGUUGCAUUUAAGAACUGGGCUGGCCUUAAUGCAUAACUAUCGAUCGAGUUGCUGCAUGUCUUCUUGAUGAUAUUGGAUAUGCAAGUUUGGAUUGAUGCACAUCCUGUGCUGUGAUGUGAGGAUUGUAUAUUAUUGUAGGAGGAAUCUGGAGGAGAGUCAUCUAGAUUGAUUUCUCAUGGGAAAGGAAAAGCUUUUCCCGAACCAGGUGGAAAAUCUGCGACCACCUAUGACUGCCACUAUGCUCUUUAAUGAUAGUGUGCUGCUGCUUGUGGAAGAAUAAAGCAAAAAACUGACUAACUGUAAGUGCUGUUUUUAUUAAUACAUGUGGGUUGUGGUUUUUCUAUGUUACCACGCGCAUACUUUUAUCCUGUUAUUUUUGUUGUAUCCGGCAUUUAGUCAAAUGAAUUAUUUUUUAGUUCUUAUUC